CAACAAUCCAAGAGAUAUACUGGGAGUUGAAGUGAUAGCACAAAAUCAGAGAGAAAAGAUUUUUCUGUUGCCGUUUUAGCGUUUCUUUUUCAAGCCUCCUCUCAACAACUAAACCCUAUAAAUCGUAUACAAUUCGAAGAUCUAAUAUCGUCUUUGAUUGUGAAAUAUGUGAAGAUUUUUCAAUUAUUUGAUCGGCAGAAGCCAAACAAAUUUCGGUUGAGCUAAAUGAAGCCUUCUUUCAAAGAAUCGGCUCGAGCUCGAGGCGAGAUUGAAGUGUCUUCUUGUGCAUCAUAUGCAUCCGAUUCCGAGAUUGAUGUUUGGGACUAUCCUCACUUGUUAGGACAAGAUCUACAUGCUGAACUCAUUAAACAUGGGUUUCUUUCAGAAACAGAGGAAGUCGAAAGCUUUUCAGAUGGAAAAGUGACUUCUCUUGAUGAAAGCUUGUCAGAAGAAGGCGAAAGCUUGUCAGAGGAAGUCGAAAGCUCGUUAAAAGAAGAACUCAAAUAUUUAAUGAUAAAUGAUUUCAUGUUGCAAGCUAGACUUUUGGGUUUUCUUGAAGAUGAUUUUGGAUUCUGUACAAAUUCAAUUCAGGAUUUGCCAGACCAUAAAAGUAAUUCUGAAUCAAGUUCAAUUUGUGAUGCAAAAGCAAAUCAACAAAAGCUAGAAGUUGAGUUGGAUGAGGAUUUGCCGGACUAUAAAAGUAAUUCUGAAUCAAGUUCAAUUUGUGAUGUAAAAGCAAAUCAACAAAGGCUAGAAGUUGAGUCAGACGAGGAUAUAGAAGUUGAAUCGGAUGAGCUAGAAGUUGAGCCAGAUGAGGAUAUAGAAGUUGAGCCGGAUGAGGAUUGGGAGAAAUUGAAGGAAGAUUUUAGUGAUGAAGAUUGGUUGAUUGUCUAAGAAAAUCAGAAUGGAAGAAGUUCCACUUCAAUACUAAUUUUGAAAAGUUGUUAGUCAAUAUUAGCUUCGAAAGUUGCCAUAGUUUUGGAAUGUUUUCAUAUACUUUAAAAAGCACAAUUGGAUUA